ACAACUCAACUCACUCAAACCAAAAAAAGAAACAUCAAACCCUAAAACACACAUAACAAUCACAAAUGAAGAAUCCUUCAGUGAUCUCUUUUCUCAUCAUUCUCCUGUUUGCUGCAACUAUUUGCACCCACGGAAAUGAACCGGUGAAGGAUACAGCCGGAAAUCCACUUAACACCCGCGAACAAUACUUCAUCCAGCCGGUUAAGACCGAGAGUAAAAACGGAGGUGGUCUUGUCCCAGCCGCCAUUACAGUACUUCCCUUUUGUCCACUUGGCAUCACCCAAACACUUCUUCCCUACCAACCCGGCCUACCGGUUAGCUUCGUAUUAGCACUUGGCGUAGGAUCAACCGUUAUGACAUCUUCGGCUGUAAACAUCGAGUUCAAGUCCAACAUCUGGCCGUUUUGCAAGGAGUUUUCCAAGUUUUGGGAAGUUGAUGAUUCCUCAUCAGCUCCCAAGGAGCCUUCAAUUCUCAUCGGUGGUAAAAUGGGGGACCGAAAUAGCUCGUUUAAGAUUGAGAAAGCUGGAGAAGGAGCUAGAGCAAACGUUUAUAAGUUGACCACCUUUUACGGAACCGUUGGAGCCAUCCCAGGGGUUUGGUUAAGCGCACCACAACUAAUUAUCACCAAGGAUACGGCUAAGACCUUACUCGUCAAAUUCAAAAAGGUUGAUGAUGCUACUACGGCUACUAGCAACUUAUACUUCCCGGGUUGAUAAUUUAGGUCUAAGGAUGUUCCCGUUCUACUAAUCAACUGGUAAAAAUUAUUGUAAUAUUAAGCCUGAGACUCGUCCAUGGCCUAAAAUAAUGAGUUAUUUUCAAAUUUCAAUUAAUAAGAAAGAAAAAUGUGGCCAGAUCCAGAUACAUAGAUGUUGAGAAUCAUUCAUAGGCAUUGCUGUUGAAUCUGUUUAAGGCAUGAAAUAGUUUUCUUCUUCAUUCUACUUUGUAUCCGAAAAUUUUCUCUCCUCUUGUAAAGAUCUUGAGCUUGAGAAAACAUUGAUCAUUCAUAGUAUAACUUGCUGGACAGAAUCUAGCUCCGGACGUGGAUCUCGUGACAUCGACUAAUCAAACCGG